AUGGCGGUGGACGGCAUGUUACCAGUGGGAUACCCAGAAAAGAUCCAUGAAGCCAUGCGUUACUCGCUUCUGUCGGCGCCGCCAAAGAUGCGAUGCCCGCUGCUCUGCACCGCCGCCUGCCACGUCAUCAACGGCACCAGGAAGCAGUCCCUGCCGGCGGCGACGGCGGUGGCGAUGCUGCACGCUUCCAUGCUGGCACAUGACGAGCUCCCCUGCAUGGACAGCUGGGGAUGCUUUGUUUGGCUUGGUAUUUCAGCACUUAAUGAGUCUAAGAGAUUUCGAUGGUUAUUGGGGGUAAUGUUGGAGGUGGGUCGCAUGGUGAUGUCGAGAGGCUUAGGGGCUAUGGGAGGUCUGUGGGGCUUAUGUACAAAAAUUGUGGGGGACAUGCUCCAUAUGAAUGGGGCAUCUCAAGGUUCUGAUAGGGUUACUUACCUUAAAGUUCAUGGGAUGGAAAGGUGUAGGUCUAUCGUGGAUGAGCUCAUUGUUAAAGCAAAGGAUUUUCUCUCCUUUUUUGCCCACACUUUGGCAGCUCCUCUCUUGAGUUUUGCUGACUACGCUGCUACAAGGUCUUAUUAG